CAGAAGAAGUCACUGGUUUUGCACAGGCAGAGUCCAGUUUGAAUGGGAAGAAAGGAGGAGCCGGUGGACGGACGGACAGACGGACACACAGCACCAGCCAGACGUCCACCUGCAGCCAUGAGGACUAGGUGAAGCCCCUCCUGCCGUAGCCCUGUUCUGUGUCACUCUGUGGGCGAGGAGACAGAGGACAGCACCAUGGCGGAAGAAAGGAACCGGAGAGCCCUGCUGGAGCUGGUCCGCAAGCCGGAGAACACGGUCUGCGCCGACUGCGGGGCCCCAGAUCCAGACUGGGCGUCGUACACUAUUGGGGUAUUCAUUUGCCUGAACUGCUCCGGAAUUCACCGCAAUAUCCCUCAGAUCAGCCGAGUGAAAUCUGUCCGCUUGGACCCAUGGGAUGAUGUACAGAUUGAGUACAUGUCAUGCCUGGGAAACAAAGUAGCGCAAGCAAAGUUUGAGUCUAAAGUGCCAGCAUUUUAUUACAAGCCAGCAGCUUCCGACUGCCAAGUGCUCCGCGAGCAGUGGAUCAGAGCCAAGUACGAGAGGAAAGAGUUCAUCUACAUUGAGAAGCAGGAGCCGUAUUCUGCAGCAUAUAGGGAAAGAUUACUGUGGAAGAGGGGACGUGACAACGGACAGUUUCUCAGCAGGAAGUUUGUGCUUUCAGAAAGAGGAGCACUCAAAUAUUUUAAUAAAAAUCAGGCGAAAGAGCCCAAAGCGGUCAUAAAGAUUGAGCAUUUAAACGCCACCUUCCAGCCGGCCAAAAUAGGGAACCCCAACGGCCUGCAGAUCACCUACCUACGGGACAACAGCACUAGGAAUAUCUUUCUGUACCAUGAAGAUGGCAAGGAAAUCGUCGAUUGGUUCAAUGCUAUCCGAGCGGCACGGUUUCACUACUUACAGGUGGCUUAUCCCAUCGCCGUCGAUGUCGAUUUGGUGCCAAAGCUGACCAGGAACUUCCUCAAACAGGGAUAUAUGGAAAAGACGGGGCCAAAGCAUACAGAGGGCUUUAAGAAGAGAUGGUUCACCUUGGAUGACAGGAGAUUAAUGUACUUCAAAGAUCCGAUGGAUGCCUUUGCCAGAGGAGAAGUGUUUAUUGGGAGCACGGAAAACAAGUAUAAAGUAGAAGAAGGGCUUCCUCCCUCCACACAAGGGAACCACUGGCAGUACGGCAUCACCAUUACCACGCCCGACCGCAAGUUCCUGUUCACAUGUGAGAGCGACACCGAGCGCACAGAGUGGAUCUCUGCCUUCCAGAAAGUUCUCAACAAGCCUAUGCUUCCCCAGGAGUAUGCAGUGGAAGCUCAUUUCAAGCAUAAACCAUAGUGCAAGAUGCUUUCCACAACUCUUUACACAAAUGCACAAGGUUUACAGCAGAAGGAAAGCGCACCCCUGAAGUGAGGUGGAAAAAGGGAAAAAAAAAUAACCAUAAUUGUGAUUACAAUGGCGAUGAGCCUGAACCAGCUCCACUUUCUACUACAGAUGUUCAGCCAGGGACUGAGCAUGUCAGCAUAACGUCUGUCCUAAUGUCUCGUGCCAUACUGUGUGUCCACCGUGAUCAGAUAUCUAGACUGGAGGAGAUGGCGACGGCGUCUCGGUCGGUGAACAUUCCUUCGUUGUCCAUCAUGUUCUUACCAUUAGAUCUCGAGGCUGCACUUUUUAAUGAAAUGUACUGAUUUUAUUCCCACAAGCGGGAAACACGUUAAAUACCCCAAGAUGGAUGAGGCAUCUUCCGCCACGUGACAUUUCAGUGAAGGAGACCCCUACCCCCACCAUUCCUACACACACUCUGGAGCACCGUGUGUGCGGACUACAGAGGAACACGAUAUCAGUCAGUGAAUAACCCCACCUGGCACGUGUUGGUAUUUCAGCCAGAAUCUAGAAAUACAUGUAUACAUCUAAUAAUGUAUUAUCCUUCAUCGCUUAGGAUCUUAUGGUGCAUCUUGCCAGAAGAUUGCACUAUUAAGAAUUAAAGGGUUAAUGAGUAGGUGAUGUGUAUCUAUCCUUAAAGCGAAGGAUAUCAUGUCAUUUUAAGGUCCAGCUCUCGGUGCUAAUUGUAUAUCUUUAUAGCAGCAAGGGAUCUAUAUCCUCGGAAUGGGCACAGAUUUAAAUGAGAGAAUUCUGGCUACCUGCAGCCACCACUAGGGGGAGCUUAUUGCAUUCUGUUUUAUUAUUGCAUUCAAAGGAUAAACAGCAUGCGGUUAGCUUUUAGCUCCCCCUAGUGUUGACUUUGGGCAGUCAUACAAUGGAUUUGGAGCUCUGUAAUAGAAAUAUGCUGCUUCAGUCACUAUAAAGAAAUGAAUCUGCACAGAAUUCUGGGCCUUAGUUUUUGAAGAAAAAAUAAAAUAAAAAUGCUCUAGGGUGUCCAUCCACAUCAAGGGAUUUCUACCCACAGCACAAUACAUAAAUUAUAGACGUCACAUGUAAUAAAUACUCGUCUCCCCUUCCUUCACCCGGAUUUCCCCGCCCCCCACCCCAGUGAUUUAAUGAAGCCUCUGGCACCAUACCUAAGUAUCGGGAUCGGUCACUGUAAUGAAGUAUUUAUUUGAUCCUUGCAAAUUUACUGUUCGGAUAUAAAAAAAAAAAAUCGUA